UUGCAGCAAUGGUGGCAAAAACAAAUGGACACCAUGGCAGGGAAAGAAGUGCUCUUUGACGUUUCUCAAGGAAACAAAGAAACGUGUGAAGAAAAUCCACAGCUGAUAGUUGCUGAUAGUUUAAAUGAAGCCAUCAAGCUUGUGAAAGAGUAUGAGAACAGUACUUCCAACAGAUUUGUUUCAAGGUCAUGCCCAAAGGAUUUUGGAAAAGCAGCCGUUUGCCUGAAGGGUAAAAAUAUACACUGGAUAAAGUCAGGUGAUAGCAAAAAUGAGAUAAUACCAUAUGUCAUCAUUGGCAAAAAGCAACUUGAUUGCCAAUAUGGCAAAGAUCAGAAAAAACAUGUGAAAGAAAACAGGAAAGCCCAGCAAGAAAGGAAUUAUCCCGAUUUAACAAAAAGACAUUAUCGCUCAAGGAUAUCAAAGAAACAUGGUUGUCCAGCCAAAAUUGUUCUGAGGGACGUGAUAUAUUUUCAGAACUAUAAGGUUUCUUCUGAUACAAAGCAUUUCAGAUAUGUUACUGGAAAGAAACUAAAAGACGAUUUUCAAAAUUGCAAGCAUGGAAAUAUAACAAGGCAUAUUUUAGUUUGCUUGCCAUCAGUGGGUGAACAUUCGAAUCAUCCUGAAAAGAAGUCUUCAGGAAAUCGUCGAAAGCAGGGAAGAGGUUUAUCACAGAGCUGUGAAAUGCUUUUAGAAGCCGAUGUUGGAGCUUUUCUUUGGCCUGCGGUUGUUGGUUUUCCAAGUAGAGUCAACGAGCCCUCUACUGGAGCAUUGAAUGAAAGGCCAAUAAUUGGUAUUCUAUCGCAAGAACUUUCUCCCGGCCUUCUUCCACCACACGUAAAAGGCACUUCGUAUAUCGCAGCAUCAUAUGUGAAAUACAUAGAAAGUGCCGGUGGAAGGGUCGUGCCAAUACUGACGACAAUGUCGAAGGAAGAGAUCGAGGAAAUAUUCCAUUCGAUCAAUGGGGUUCUGUACCCUGGAGGCGGUGCAACGUUAUUUGCUUCAAGAUACUUUAGCAAUGCAGAUCAACUCUACAACUUGGCAGUGAAGGCGAACCAGCAAGGUGACUUCUUCCCUAUCUGGGGCACAUGCCUAGGCUUCCAAGCCAUGUCAAGUAUAACUGCUGGAAAGCCAGUUGUGUCGUCUUCGAAUGCAAUAGACCUUACCCUUCCACUCAACUUUUCAGAUGCCGCUAAAGGGAGUAGAAUGUUUAAGGAAGCUAGCAAUGAGCUCAUGAAUAUAUUGAGUACCGAGGGCGUCACAUACAACUAUCACUAUAACUGUGUUACACCAGAAACAUUUUCAGAAGCUGAGAAGCUAAAGGAUUGCUACAAUCUUUUAUCGUAUAAUGUUGACGUGAAUGGGAAAACCUUUGUUUCAACCAUUGAAGGAAAAGAACUACCGUUCUAUGGAACACAGUGGCACCCCGAGAAGAACGCUUUUGAAUGGAGUAAGCAAAGGAAUAUAGCACAUUCUAAAGAUGCAGUCAAGGCUGCUCAGUACGUGGCAGAUUUCUUUGUCAAUGAAGCAAGGAAAAGCAAACAUAGAUUCAAAUCAGAAGAGCUUGAAGACAAAUAUCUUAUUUACAAUUUUAAUCCUAUAAAUACUGCAGCCAGUGGACACUUUGAGCAAUGCUAUGUUUUUUGAAAUAUUUAUAGAAUAGAGAUUGUAUCUGCUAAUUUGAAUGCUCGGUAUCACGAACGAUCUAUCAUUUCCUCUGCGUUUUGUUAUACAGGCUGAGCAUAGAAAAAUAUUUCGCUCUUUCGACCACCCUCUAUCUCGAACAAAUUUACAAUUUGCCUUAGUUAGGGCUCAUGACAGCGGAUGUCAAAUGUAUCAAAGUCAUAAUUGUGAUUUUGUUUUUUGUUUUGGACAGUUAAAUGUUUAAGCUCUAAAAAACCCAUUUCUUCCAUCUACAUAGUGCCUAGUGUUGGAAAGAAGUAGAAUAUAAAAAUUGCAUAUGGUAUUUGCAUGGAGAACUCAAAAUAUUAUAGCAAAAGAAAUGUUACGUAUUGUCAAAGUUUUUUAUAACGAGGUUUUAUUAUUUAUUGUAUUUGUAUUCCACAAUCUUUUUCAAUAGUUCAUCAUUUGCAGAUUAUUUUAUUUUAUCGAUAAACGUCGAAUCAGUAUUUCAGUAUUUCGGCGGUCGAUGUUAAAGAAUCCUUUUGCUUAAUGGAAGGUUUCUUUUUUAGCAGCCUUUGUAUGUUUUAAGCUAAACUAUUUCAGACCUUAUUGAAUAAGUGAUUCGGUAACUGUGUGAUUUGUUUUGAAGAGACUCGUCAUAGAAGGGAAUUGGUUCAUAUGCUACACUAGAUCUA